AUGCGCAUGCUGCAACCAAUCGCGCGCAUCAGGAUCUUCACGAUGCUGGCGAUGAUCGUGGGCGGUGCUUUCUAUGGGUAUGUCGUGGGCAACAUCUCGGUGAUCCUUGCGAGUAAUGACGUGAACUGGCGAGCUCAGAAAGAACGUUUGGAGCUUAUCGAGGCCUGGCUCACUCACCAUCGCUUUCCCACGCAGCUGAGAAGAAGGAUCUGGGCAUACUACAAGCAGACAGUGAACAGCCAGGUCUGCUGGGACGAUGCCACGGUCUUCUAUGAGCUCUCCGUGGAGCUGCGGGAGGAUGCGACCUUCCUGAUCCAUCCUGUGCUUCCACGGAAUCUCAUCUUCCGUGGGGUGCCAACCAGUGCCAUGAUACGCCUCGUUGGUAUACUGCAACAGGUGACGGCCAAGAAGCGCGAGCGCAUCGUCCCGUCAGACAAGUUCGUCAUGGGGAUGUUCCUCAUCCUCGCCCUUUGGUAUGAGUACACCGUGACUGCCUCGCGCAAACUCGUCCUGCUCUUUGUGCCAAGAGAUCGUUUCAUCGACACUGGUCUCAACGGUUCGCUUGGGUUCCUGUUUCCGCAAUUAUUGAACCGUAGAUCUAAGCCCUAA